AGCUCCUGAAGCGCUCUGCUUGCUCCUGUAGCCAACACGCAGUAGUUAGCUGAGCAGGGAUCGCUACUGGACACGUACAGUGCAGCACGAACUGACCGCAUAUCGAUUUCUAGCGGUAAAAGCGGACGCGCAGCCUUUGUAGAGAGAGCACUCUCGCAGAGCGCGGCAAGCCAUCGCAGCGGUGUGCCAUCGAUCGAUGCGACGCAUCCGCAGCACGCUCCUCAUGGCCUCGCAGCAUCUCAGCAGCGCCGUGCAGUGGUCCACGGCACAAAAGGCCGUCCAGAGGCUCGUGCCGCCCCUCAGCUUUGACAGCCGCAAGGGCCAGAACGGCCGCAUCGGGGUAUUAGGAGGCAGCUACGAGUACACGGGCGCGCCGUAUUAUGCCGCCCAGUCGGCCCUGCAGGCGGGCGCCGACCUCGCGUACGUCUUCUGCGCGGACGGCGCGGCGCCGGCCAUCAAAUCCUACUCGCCGGAGCUGAUCGUUUUACCUUGCUAUAAAACUGCCAAUAUGCACGACCAGCAGGCAACAUCAAUGGCGAUGCAGGAGGUCCGGCCGUGGCUUGCGAGGUUGGAUUGUUGCGUGAUUGGGCCUGGGCUCGGGCGGGACGAAGGUGUUUUGAAAGGAGUCGCCGACAUUAUGAAUGCCGCGGAGGUCCGAUCCACAUCUACGAUCGUCGACGCCGACGGCCUGUUCCUCGUGGCGCAGAAUCCGGAAUUAGUAGAGGGCCGCACCGACUGCGUGCUCACGCCGAACAGGCGAGAACUAGAACGCCUCGCGGCGCGUUUGAACGUUGCGGCGGAGGCGGCCGACGUCGCGGCGCAGGUCGCCCGGAAACUGGGCAACGUCGUCGUCGUCGCCAAGGGGCAGCGCGACGUGAUCACCGACGGCACCGACGUUCUGGUUUGCGACGAGCCCGGCGCGCCGAAGCGCUGCGGCGGCCUCGGCGACGUCCUCUGCGGCGCGCUCGCGCCGCUGGCGGCGCAGGCGGCGCGCGCCGAUCAGAGCGACGCGGCGUUUGUUGGAAGACGGCCGCUCCUCUGGGCGUGCUACGGCGCGUGCGUCGCGAGCCGGCGCGCCGCGGCCGCGGCCUUCGCGCGCAAGAGGCGCGCGAUGACGGCGCCCGACGCGCUCGCGGAAAUUGGAGGUGCGUGCGAGAGCGUCGCGCCGACUACUGUUGUUGAGCCGCCCUCUUAA